CUCAUCGAAUCACGGAUAUCAACGUUUCACACUGCUGUACAAGUUUCUAGCAAAUUGGAUCUGGUAUGUGUUGUAUUAUUGCGGACUGACUUGACUGAAGAAGAAGAAGAAGAUGAAGGUCCUGUGAUUUAUGAGGACAAGGACAGUGAUGAAGAAGGAGGAGUAGAGGAAGCAAUGGAGACAGAUGAAGAGGCUGACGAAUCAGAGGAUGAAGCAGCUGAUGGUGUCAACGGUUUUGAUG